AUGACGUCGUUGGACAGUGACAGCAACGUUCCGGUGGAUCCUAGAGUGCAGAUUGAGUUGGAAAAACUAAACGAAGCAACCGACAACAUCAACAAAUACGAAGUCGAUCUUGACGAAGCAAAAAAUGAAUUCCGCGAGCUGCUGAGGGAAAGUGCGGAAAAGAUAAAGGCGGUCGCGAAAAAGGUUGGCAAUUCGAUCGAUGCGGCGAAACCAUACUACGAGGCACGGCUGUACGCCUCCCAGCUGGCGAAGGAAACGCAGCAGUGUGCGCUUAACUUCGACAAAGCGAAAUCGGUACAUGCCGCGGCCAAGGAGAUGGUGUACCUGGCAGAACAAGGGUUGGGCGAAAAGUCCACGCUCGAUACGGCUUGCCAGGAGAUGCUAACGCACGCCACUACCCGUGUCAACGAGAGCCAGAACGAGUGUACCGAAAUGCGGAACGUGCUAAAGAUAAGCGAACUAAAGCUGGAGGUGGCCAACAACCGGGUCUGUAAGCUGCACUCCCAGCUCAAGGGUGCCAUCCGGGCGUCAAGUUUCGAUAUCCGGCGCAAUCUUUUGUUGAUGAACAUUAUUGCCUACCAGCAUGAGUUGCUUUUCCUACCGUACUAUGAGCUGCGAGCCAACUAUAACGCGCUGCUGCUGGAACAGAAGCAGAAGGUGGUGGAGCUCGAAACGAAGGUAGCCGAAUCGAAGCUACGAUACAACGAGGCCUUGUCGAACCUAGAACGCAUCUCGGAGGAGAUCCACCGGCAGCGUAAGGCACGUGCCAACAGUCUGGACGAGGAUGGCGGCGGUUCCGGAUCGUCCUCAUCGUCGGCCGUGACCGGAAGGGGCGGUAAGAUGCUUGCGACGAUGCACCUCCCGUUCAGCAACUCACCGUCAGCGGCGCGCAUCGACAGCAACGAUGAAUAUCUGGAGUUCCCGGCCAAACUGUCGAUCAAGGCGAGUCCGAUCAAGCAAAAGUAUCUGGACAAGCUGGACUGUCCCCAUCUGCUGAAGGACUUUGCGCGCAAAACGAGCCCAAGCGGUGAGAGCGACUCGGACAACUAUCAGUUCUCGCCGAAUCCAACGAUCGAUGACAUUACGAACAUGUCGUCGGAAGACAUUGAACAGUGGACGGAGAUACGGUUGUCCAACUCGAACAGUAGCAGCUCGGGGUAUUCGCAGCAUAACUCGCUAGUGCUGGAGGAUGCACCGACACCGCAGGACGAAACGACCGAUUCAUCGUCGGAGGAUAGCCCGAAAGCGAAGACGCGCAUUAUCAAGAUGGAAACUUAUCAGCCAGAAGGAGGGACGCGACGUACGGACGGUAUUGCUGGGUGGAUCGCAAAAACGGGUAGCGUCGUCGGUUCGGCGGCGUCCGGUUCGAACGCGGGCAGCAACACAAGCAGUAACUCCACCACCGCCAGCACCGGGCGGCGCCAGAGCCUGGACAUCAUCAUCGAUACCGGUGACCGGGUGAAGGAUGUGUUCGCGCAGGGCAUCCAGCGCAUCGGCAAAACACUCGAGCGGCGCAACAGCGAAUCGGAGGUCGCCCGGGACGAAUCCGCCGGAAGUGAUUUUUUUCUCUUCCAGCGCUCGGAUCCUGCAAAGGAUGGUCUGUCGGAUGAGCAGGUGGAGAACCUUCUUCUAGAUCAAGACUGCUCCGACAUCUUUCAGAACGUGGUAAACAUAUCAAAAUGAGGCCGGCCCGCAUCCGUCCACGCCGGUACGAUGGUGCGGACGGACGGGCCCAGCC